AUGGCACCUGGUCCGAGAACAUUCAAGGCCAUUCUGGGUGCGCAUGGGGUGAGAGGAAAGAAGGUCUGGGCUUUAUCGAAAGAUGGUUCGACUGCUUUCAUUCAGUCCAUCAUUUCCACCGAACAAGAAUCGAAAGAACAGUUUUCCGUGCUUGAUUUGGGUGCCGUCGAUGCCCUCUUUGACGGGUGGAACCAUAACCUUCCGGUGGACCAACUUUUCUACUCCGUCAAGUGUAAUCCCAACCCAGUUCUCCUCGGGGCACUGGCUGCCCUCGGCUCCAGCUUCGACUGCACAAGCAAGGCCGAGAUCGAAUCCGUCUUGUCUCUUGGUAAUGGUGUUUCGCCUGACAGGAUCAUUUUUGCCAACCCAUGCAAAGAAGCGUCUCAUAUCAAGUACGCCGCCACAGCCGGCGUUAACCUAACAACUUUCAACUCUGAAGAUGAACUUGACAAGAUUAAGAAGUGGCACCCUAAAUGUGCCUUAUUCAUCCGAGUCAAAGCUCCAGAUGAUGGCGGUUCAAGAUGUCCUUUAGGUGCACUCCCCGAAGAAAUCAUCGCACCUCUUCCCCAGGCCACUGAGGCUCUACGGCUCACCGUCACAGGAGUCUCCUUCCACAUUGAUAGUAGAGCCAUGCAGUUUCGAGCCUAUCGAGAAGCCAUUGCAACGGCUAAAAUGGCGUUCGAGACUGCCGCUAGACUCGGCAUGCCGAAGAAAUAUAUCUUUUAUAUUAUUAGUCAGCUAAUGACCGCUUUUGCUUUAGUUGUAUUUGUAUUUCCUGGUGCUUGCCUCGCCAGGCAUCUAAACCAGGAUCGUGGGUCUGUUUUUUGUGGGAGCUUGAAUACCAGUUACCCAUUCGGAUUGAAAAACCAACCUCCUCACUGUGGUGAACAUUGGUAUGAAUUUGAGUGUGACAAAAAUAACCGCACCACUUGGGUUGUGAGAGAGGGGAAGUUCUCAAUGGAAGAAAUCAUUUAUGAGAAUAAUACGAUGCGAGUGGUUGAUGCGGGCCUCGACAUGGAUGAUUGCAAUUCCCUUCCUCUCACUUCAGUAUACAGUUAUUAUUCUUCUUUCUGUGAAAGACCGUUUCGAUCGUAUUAUUAUGAGUAUUAUUAUAAUAACAACCAAAUUAUGUAUGUUUUGAAUUGCACGGAACAUGUAGAGUCAGUUAUCUAUAUUUCAGCCUCUCGUUGUAGCAUCAAAUCCACCAAUGCCUCUUCCUAUUUCUACUUUUUAGACGGAGGAACCUCAAAGUCUGAUUUCAGUCAAUCCUGCGUUGUGGAAGCGGAGGUUCCAAUAGGGGUUGAUAAUAUCUCAGCCAUGUCUACGCUGGCUAUCUACAAUAAGCUAUUCGAGGGUGUUUUUCUUGGAUGGAUGCCGGGGUUCUUCAAGGGAGGUUGCAGCAACAAACUUUCGUUUCAAUACGUGUAA